AUGAGUGAGGCCACUGACAGGAAUGCAAUCAAGGCUAUCAUCUUCGAAUAUCCAGCAAGGUUUGAAUCUGUAGUGAAGUUGUAUGGAAGCGAUAUGGUCGUCCAGAUAAUAUCCAGCUUGCUUGAAAACGGAACAUUUGCGUUGGAGACAAAUGCUCAGCUUGAAUCCGCUAAGACUCAUCAGCCCUCUGCGCUCAGGGACAGACAGCAUGACGCUUUGGAGCAAGAGGCAGCCCAAUCAGAAGCGAUGGCUCUAGAUGAAGCCUCAAGAUCUGAUCUAGCUAUGCUUGAAGGCGACCUAGGUGGCGAGCACGUCGAUGUUGCAGAAGUCGGACCGAACGAAGACCCCUCCGGGUCCAUUUCCCCCAAAUCGCCAUCUCUCUUUCCCUCGUACUUGUCGUAUAUUUCUCAGCAUAAGCUGCUGAAUGCUGUUCAGAGAGUUUUGGAGAACUGCUGCUACGAUUGGGCGGCCAGGUGGAUCCCUUCCUUGUUGAAUGAGCGGAAUUGGACUUGUUCGGAAGCCGUAGAGCUUGGCAGGUGGACCGCAAUCAUACCUAAACGAGCUGACGCUUCCAGCUUUGAUGCGAAGAUUCUCGGGUCAGGGGAGGCAUUAACCGCGGUCUUCCAGGCAACGCACCCGCUUCGUCAUGCAGCUGUACAUCGCCUUCGCACAAGCGUCAAAGGAAUUGAGAAGAUGCUCAGGAAUGCGUUGAAACUGGCCACGGCUCUACAAGAUACGCCACGCAAGCGCAAGCUUCACGAUAUCCUUGUGGCUUUCCGGGCUACGAUGCAGGCCAUGGAACGAAAGAAAAACGACCUCGAGAAUCAAUUGGACACAGAAAUCUGCAACAUUCAGGAACAGAGAGCAGCUUUGGAUAAGAAGGCAAAAGAAGCAAGGUUAGGCAUGUUCCAACAGGAUCGGGAGAAUACAGUUCAGUUCAGCUGCCUGUUCGAAAAUUCGAUACGAAACCUGACCUCGACGGACGAACCUGAUGCGACUGGCAUGGAGCAAGACAACUCAAGGAAUCAUGUCUCGGAAGAGGCUUGCGAUGACGCAGUUGUCGGCGGUACAUCAGAAAAGCACAGUGCUGAGGUCAUUCGUCAUACGACUGAUAAAGCUAGUUGUGGAAACAGAGACAGCAAGCCAAGCAAUCAUGGUGACAGUGAAGCCAACACAGCAGACUCCACGAAAACUGCACAACAGGCGAUCGAAGAUGAGAUGGCCGCAUUGCCUUCUCAAUUUGAUCUUGAAGGCUCAAAUUUGCCAUCACAGUCCACUGGUCGGUAA